AUGUCUGAUCAACAAAUUGAAGAAUUUCUUGCAAAAGAACCUAAAGUUCCAGUAAAAUUUAAUCAAGAUGUUCAAGGACUUGGAAAAUAUAUUGGUACUGCAAAAUCAAAUAAUUUGUUCAAAUUAAACUUUAUAUUAUAUUCUGAAAUUCCUUUCACGAUUUUUGGAAAUAGGUACAAAGAUUCUGAUUUAGCUGAAAUUCUAAUAAAAAGUAAGAAAGCUAGAAGUCUUGAAAUAUUUGAUAGUGCAAAGAGAAUUUAUGAAGAUCAUAAUGAAUUUAUCGAAAAAUUGGAUGAUGGAGAGCAAUUAA